AUGGCGGCCCAAUUUGAGAGUCUACCAGAUGAGCUCAAGCUGGCAACAGCGGCUCAUGUGAAAUACGUCCAAAGUCUAGAUACCCGCAAAGACGAGUACGACUACUGGUUGACGGAGCACCUGCGCCUCAACGGUCUCUACUGGGGCCUUGUUGCACUACACCUACUCGGACAUCCUGAAGCCCUUCCCCGCGCUGAAACGAUUGAUUUUGUUCUCUCAUGUCAACAUGAGAACGGAGGCUUCGGUGCUGCGCCUGGCCACGACGCCCAUAUGCUUUACACAGUUAGUGCUGUACAGAUCAUAGUCAUGAUCGAUGCCCUGGACGAUCUGGAGUCUCGAGGCAAGGGGAAGGCGCAAGUAGGCAAGUUCAUCGCAGAUCUCCAGAACCGUGACAGCGGUACGUUUGCUGGCGACGAAUGGGGCGAGGAGGACACCCGCUUCCUUUAUGGCGCACUGAAUGCCCUCUCUCUCCUGGGUCUCUUAUCGCUCGUGGACGUCGACAAAGCCGUAGAGCAUAUUGUCGCCUGCACCAACUUUGACGGCGGGUAUGGGGUGAGCCCCGGCGACGAGUCGCAUUCCGGGCAGAUCUUCACCUGCGUCGCGGCGCUCGCUAUCGCGGGGCGGCUGGAUCUCGUCGAGACUGACAAACUUGGGCGGUGGCUCAGCGAGCGGCAGGUCGCGGCGGGCGGUCUCAACGGACGGCCGGAGAAGGACGAGGAUGUGUGCUACAGUUGGUGGGUGUUGAGCAGCUUGGAGAUUAUUGGGCGCACGCACUGGAUUGAUCGGCAGAAGCUUAUUGCUUUCAUUUUGAGGUGUCAGGAUCAGGAGCUGGGAGGUAUCUCGGACCGGCCUGGCAAUACAGUCGAUGUGUGGCAUACGUGCUUUGGUAUGACGGGCCUCAGCCUGCUUGGGUACCCGGGGACGGUGGCGGUGGAUCCGGUAUACUGCAUGCCCAAGCCGACGAUUGACAGAGUGCUGGGUAGGAAGCCGUAA